AUGAGUGGAAGCACUGACAAUGUCACAAACUUGUGGGAAAACGCUUCCUCGGGGUUUGAUGCGGCCGCAUCACCGAACAGCACCGGGGGGAACCACACAGCAGUGGUCCUCAGCCGGGCUAUCCCGCUGGGCUUGGUGCUGGGUGCGUUUAUUGUGUUUGCUAUCGCCGGGAAUAUCUUGGUCAUCCUGUCAGUGAUGUGCAACAGGCACCUGCGCACGCCGACUAACUAUUUUAUUAUUAACUUGGCCAUCGCAGACUUGCUGCUGGGCACGAUGGUGCUGCCCGUGUCAGCCACUCUGGAGAUCCUGGACUACUGGGUCUUUGGCCGGGUGUUCUGUGACAUUUGGGCAGCUUUGGAUGUCUUGUGCUGCACCGCGUCCAUCAUGAGUCUGUGCGUCAUCUCCAUUGAUCGGUACAUCGGAGUGAGCUACCCGCUGCAGUACCCGGGCAUCGUGACGGAGACCCGGGCUCUUCUGGCCAUGCUGGGCGUGUGGCUGCUGUCCAUAGUCAUCUCCAUCGGGCCGCUGCUCGGCUGGAAGCAGCCUCAGUCUCCGGAUGACACAGUGUGCCUGAUCACAGAGGAGCCUUUUUACGCACUAUUCUCGUCCCUGGGCUCCUUCUACAUUCCUCUGGUGGUCAUCCUGUCCAUGUACUGCCGCGUCUAUAUUGUUGCUAAGCGGACUACGAAGAACCUGGAGGCUGGAGUGAUGCGAGAGAGGAUGAACUCCAGUGAACUGACCAUGAGGAUACACAAGGGAUCGCAGCUUUGCGACGACCCGAGCGCAUCUGCAGCCGGUAAAGGACGCGCGAACCAAGCCAGAAGUUCACUGACUGUCAAACUUCUCAAGUUUUCCCGCGAGAAGAAAGCGGCCAAGACGCUGGGAGUGGUAGUGGGCAUGUUUACGCUUUGCUGGCUGCCGUUCUUCGUGGCUUUACCAAUAGGCUCGUUCAAUGUGGAGCUGCGUCCUCCCGAGGUGCUCUUCAAAGUCAUCUUCUGGCUGGGGUACUUCAACAGCUGCCUGAACCCCAUUAUCUACCCCUGCUACAAUCGUGAGUUCAAGCUGGCCUUCAUCCGCAUCCUCCGCUGCCAGUGCCACCAGAGAAAGCGCCCGGGAUGGAAGGCCUACAACUACCGAUCCUCCAACUUCAGCUCGUCCGGACACUCCCGAAAAGGCUCCGUGGACCACAACUCGGGAUUCCUGAACGGGAGCCAGCGCACCCUGUCCUCCGCCAGUCCCAGUCCCACUCCCAGCUACUUAAGCAAAAGUCUUCCCCCCUGUCCCGAAGGAGAGGCCCUGUUUCUGUGGGGGACUGGCGCCACCACCCCCUCCACGCCCAACCUGCUUCCCGGGACGCCGAGCUGUGAGCCUGCAAGGAUCAAACCGGAAGUAACGGGAGGAAAGGCAGAUGAUGUGACUGCCCGUGUGUUUUCCUUCUCCUUUGGGAAAUUCAGAGACAAGACUGGGAUUAAGAGAGACAGUAUUGCAUCUGUGGAUAAAGUGUGA